GGAUGAAGAAGCAAAUAGGGCAGUGACAGGUGUAAACCACGCAGACGCACGCAGGGCUUCAGAAAUGGCGGCCGGAGGUGGCAGCUCUGCGUUGCAGCUACCGUGCGUAUUUUCACCCAAAUCUCGCCAGUACUUGGCCUUAUGCGCUCAGGACGGCAGACUUCGUAUUUGGAACACAGACAGCAAAACACUUCACCAAGAAUAUGUGCCUUCAGCCCACUUGAGUGCCACUUGUACCUGCAUAACUUGGGGACCAUGCCGGACACUCAAGGAGGGGCCUCAGAGGAAGAAGAGGAAAUCGGAGGCAAAGCAGGUGGAGGAGCGGGCCGACCUGCUGGCAAUGGGCACAGCAGCUGGUACUGUCCUCAUCUACAGCACGGCAAAGGGCGCUCUGCACUGUACCCUGGAUGGAGGCCACAGCGGAGGGGUCAACUGUGUACAGUGGCAUCCAGAAGACAGUUUAUUAUACAGCGGCUCAGAUGAUGGCAACAUUGUUGAGUGGGAUCUGCAGACGGGGAAAACGAAAAGUAAGUGGAAGGCGGACCGUGCAGCUGUGACAAGUUUGUGUGUGAGUCCCGACGGAAAGCUCUUGCUCUCGGCUGGACAGGUUAUCAAGAUGUGGGACUUGGAGACCAAAAAGGUUUACCGGAAGUUCACAGGUCACUCAACAGCUGUGACGACCCUGUGCUUCGCGACCAUGCGACCCCCGGACAGUAACGGUCUCUACUUCUUGUCAGGCGCUGCACACGACAGACUGCUCAGUGUGUGGCAAGUACGAGCAGAUGGGAACGACAAGAACUCAGUGGUGUCUUUCACGCUCACGGAUGAACCCCAACACAUAGACGUUGUGGCGUCCAACAGCAAAGAAGAGGCAGUGAGGCUCGCGGUUGUGUGCAAGGACGGACAGCUGCAUCUAUUCGAGCACUUUUUAAAUGGGCCCUGUAAGAAGCCACUGUCACCCUGGUGUUCGGUGCAAAUGUCAGACACGAACCCCUGCCCACAGCCCAUCCCCCUCCUGGCAGCAGCCCUCGGGGCAGAGACACGGUCCAUGCAGUUGGCUUACGGAAACUACCUGCAGCCGGUGAUGGAGAAAGUGGAGAUGGAGUCAUUCGAGAGACACGUCUGUUUGACCCGGGACAUUAAAACCACCCUGUCUCUUUCCAUGGAGACGACUGUUUCCAAGGUGAAGACUCCAGUUGUCAAUAACAAGAGCAAAGUGUUGGUCCCUGGUCUUCCUGGUCAUCAAGCUCCCGUGAAAGGAACUUAUUUGGGGUCAGAGAAGAGGAAAAUGGACACGGCAGCCAAAGAGAUGACAAUAGCACAGCGACUGGGUGAGAUCGACCUGUCGAGCGCCUCAGCUGCAAAGGGGGCCCAGAAGGAGGCGCCGUCUCUGCAGACGGAUAAUUACGCGGUGCUGCUGGUGCAGGGCCUGGAGAGCGGCGACGCCAGCAUCCUAAAUAAAGUUUUCCAGACCCGCAAGGACACUGUGAUAAAGAAAACGGUUGCUCGGUUACCUCUGCCUGCUGUUCUGCCGUUAGUCGAAGCACUCACGCAGAGGCUCCAGGGGCAUCCUUUUUCGGCGGUUCUGAUCGUUCGGUGGUUGAAGGCCGUGCUCAUGCAUCACACAUCAUACUUGGCCUCGCUGCCUGACCUGGUGAGCCAGCUGGGCAUGCUUUAUCACAUGAUCGAGAGUCGAGUGAAGGUGUUCCACAAGCUAACAAAGCUACACGGGAAGCUGUAUCUUCUCACAACGCAGGUGGCGCGAAACGACAGCAGCAACAUGGCGUCAGACGUCGAUCACACAGCCAAACUGGUGUAUGAAGAGGAGUCUUCAGAUGAAGAAGCCCCGGAUGACGAAGGUCUUGCCGGCAAUGAUUCUGACAACUGGGAGGAAGAGGAAGAGGAGGCAGAGGCAGAGGAAGCGAUGGAGGAUGAAAUAAUUGAGCUGGAUGAUGAUGAUGAUGAUGAACCCCGAACAGGUUCAAAGGAGAACGGCGAGGAAGACAUGGAACACGAGAAUGAGAGCGAAGAAGAAUGAGUGGAAAUUGGUCCCCCUCCCCAACUUGGACUUGAGAGAGUCGUAUAUACGUUCAUUUUACUUUCUUUUGAUUUUAUUCUGAGUGAGAAAAGUUUUACACAAAAACCACGGGACCCGCCUCGCUGCCACACCCUCGAACUUUAGCUCCCCCGUCUCUUCCUCGCUCGCAGGAGCCGACACGGCGUCCGAGGGCUUCGUCCGGCUCCCCAGUUCUAUGGGCUCACGUUGGAAAUGACUGAAUAAAUAACAGGAGGAAGUCGGUCUCCACUGUGGUCUGCAUUCCAAACUCUAAUCAUCAACCGUAGACGAGUCACGGCUCGACUCGGGCCUGAGGUGGCUUCGCUCGGCCAGUUCACCCAUCACGUCCCCAGCGAUGUAAAUCUGUCUGUACAGUGAAGUGUUUGUACGAGCUCUUCCUCUACGCCCCCCCCCCCGCCCCCCACAGUCGGAUUAAAUGAAAUCUGUCAAGUC